UUGAAUCUUCUGAAAGUUUUUCUUCAUUUAAAAUUGGACCAAUAUUCUUAGCAAGUGGGUACAAAUUGUAACCACCUUGAAAGUAAUAUUGAUACAUUUUACUUUUACAUUUUGCAACAUUGUCGAGUUGACUGAAGUAACCGGUAUUCUCCGCCUACCAUGCUCCAGUCAGACGACAUAUAGGGCGAUGCGGAAGUCAUAGUUCCGUUAACUUCAGUUUAUUCCGUUUAGUCUGAAAUUUGUGGUAGCGGUAGAACAGUCACACGCUUUCACAUCGCAACACCUCGACUAAACCGUCUGUGCCUCAUCCACAAAAAGGAGAAUCAUGAACAGCAACUACAGCGUCUCCCUGGGUGGCCCCGCCCCCUGGGGCUUCAGACUGCAGGGAGGAAAGGACUUCUGUCUGCCCCUCACUAUCUCACGGCUGACCGAUGGGGGCAAAGCAGCCAAAGCCAAAAUGAGUGUGGGAGAUGUAGUUCUGUCUAUCGAUGGAAUCGCCACCAACGGCAUGAACCACCUGGAGGCCCAGAACAAGAUCAAAGCCUGCACUGACAACCUCAACCUCACCCUGCAGAAAGCUUCCAGUGUUCCCAAGGCUGAUGCACCAAAGGAUGAGCCACUGGAGAUCAUUAAGCCCGUGCCAAUCACCCAUCCAGCUCCAGCCUUCACCAGCCCCUCCCCCCAACCCGGUGCUGCCUACAACAAGACGGCCCGCCCCUUUGGCGGGGGCAGCAAUGUGGGUGCAGUCACUUCCUCCCUAACCGCCCCAAAGGUGGCCUCCAUCCCCUCUGCAUCGUCUGCUUUCACCCCCGCCGCCCCCUCUUCCCAGCAGCCCCAGCCUCCCUUCCCACUAGCUAGCCGCUCCCGCUCCCCCGCCGCCCCCUCUUCCCAGCAGCCCCAGCCUCCCUUCCCACUAGCUAGCCGCUCCCACUCCCCCGCCCCACCUAGCUCAGCCCCACCCCCCAGACCCGGCUCUGGCCGUUCCCCCUUCACCUCCCCUUCCUCCACUUCCUCCUCUUCUUCCUCAUCCUCCCCGGCCAGAGUGACAGCCCCCUCCUCCAAUCCCGGUGCUCCGCAGUCCUCUUGCUAUAACACGCCAAUAAACCUGUACUCCAAUACCAACGCCUGUGAGGUGGCCAUAGGACAGAGGCGGGGCCUGUUGGAAGCCCAGGGUGUGGUGGUCGACCAGAUCAAAGAACAGUUUAAUGGAGUCCCCCCAAAGACAGCCCCUAGGAGGAACAGAGUUGAACCAGAGUUGACCCACGCCUCGCCCCUCAGCGAGGCCAGUAAGAAGCGUCUGAUCGAGGACACAGAGGACUGGCAUCCUCGCACCGGAACCUCCCAAUCCAGGUCCUUCAGAAUCCUGGCUCAGAUCACCGGCACAGAGAAAGACCAAGCCCAGGAGAACAGUGCUGGAAAGAAUAAAGUUGUUGAGAAUUCCCCGCCCAGUGUCCACAUCACAACAUCAGUGAAGACCAUGACCAAAGUCCCAGGAGCCCCCAGGAAUGGCAACAGUGUCCCCCCACCCGCCUUGAAGACCCCCUCUGCCCAGGUCAAACCCUCCUUGCCAGCUGGAGGUUCAGCAGGUUUCUCUACGGGUGGCGCUGCGCCCUCUUUUGGGCGGGUCAGCAACACUGCACCAGUACCCACAGUACCCAAGGUUUCUGACCGCCCCGCCCCCCAGGCGCACCCCAAGGACCAGAACUCCCUGGUACAGCGGGCCGAACACAUCGCAGCGGGAACACGCACCCCCAUGUGUGGCCACUGUGACAAGGUCAUCAGAGGUCCUUUCCUGGUGGCCAUGGGCAUGUCCUGGCACCCUGAGGAGUUUAACUGUUCCCACUGCCACGCGUCUCUGGUGGAGUCUGGCUUUGUGGAGGAGAGGGGAACAGUAUACUGUGCUCACUGCUAUGAGAAGUUCUUCGCCCCUACCUGCACCAGCUGCCAGCAGAAGGUCCUGGGGGAAGUCAUCAAUGCCCUGAAGCAGACAUGGCAUGUGUACUGCUUCCUGUGUGCGUCCUGCCAGCAGCCAAUCAGAAACAACACCUUCCACCUGGAGGACGGGCUGCCAUACUGUGAAAGAGACUACUAUCAACUCUUUGGUACCAGUUGCCAUGGUUGCGACUUUCCUAUCGAGGCAGGAGACAAGUUUCUGGAGGCGUUGGGAUUCACCUGGCAUGAUACCUGCUUCGUGUGUGCAGUCUGCAACACCAGUUUGGAGGGCCAAGCCUUCUUCUCUAAAAAGGACAAGGCUCUGUGCAAGAAACAUGCCAAUACAGUCAAGAUCUGACCCACCCUCAGGAGUGAAGAACAGAGUUGUUGAUAUUUUUUGGUAGUUUUAAAAGAUUGAUUUAUCUGAUUAUGACUUUUAUUAAGAGAUGUUUGGUUAUGGGGAUUUAAGCUUUAUUUCAUCUUCUCUGAUGUAUCUCUGUGUGUGUGUGUGUGUGUGUGUGUGUGUGUGUGUGUGUGUGUGUGUGUGUGUGUGUGUGUGUGUGUGUGUGUGUGUGUGUGUGUGUGUGUGUGUGUGUGUGUGUGUGUGUGUGUUAAUGGAACUGUGUGUGUGUGUGUGUAUGUGUGUGUGUGUGUGUUAAUGGAACUGUGUGUGUGUGUGUGCGUGCGUGCGUGUGUGCGGUGUGGGUGUGUGUGUGUAUAGUUUACCAUUCACCGCUUGUGCCAUAUAAAAGGGGAAAAUAUUUUGCUAAAAUGAAGGUAUGAAAAAGUACCUAGUGUCUUUUCUACCGAUUUAGAUUCAUUAGUUAUUUGGAGAUUUGUUGAAGUCAGACAAAGUGCAUGAUGGGAGAAAGUAUGUUGACUUGAAGGGAGGUAUGAUUUUUCAUGAAAUAUCUGAUUGAAAUGUUCUUUACAUACAGUACAAGAAUAUACCGUAGUUAGGUGAACACAUAAGGUAGUGAUACUCAAGUAGCGGCCUGGGGCCAUAUCUGGCUCAUCAUGACAUUUCUUGAAGCCAUCAACAUGAAUUUAUUUCAUAAAUGAAAAUCCACUACAUAUGAUCCUUUAGCAUGUAUGUAGUUAGUCUAAUUAAAGUCUUAUUUUAGUAUAUAAUGAGGACCUUAUCAAAUUAAUAUUAAUCAGUGGGCAUAUUCAAAUCAAUUAUCACUUUAAUUAUCACCCCCUCCCCCCUCUCUCUCUCCCCUCAUCUGUCUCUGUCUGUCUCUCUGUCUGCCGGUCUGGUUGAAUCUGUAGACAGAUCUGUAUUUAUCCUGGUAGUAUAUUUAUUGGGGAUGUAGGAAUGUACUGUAUUUUGGGCUUUCUAGGGUCAGUUGCACAUAGAGUGGUUUACUGACAAAGUCAGACGAUCAGGACAGACAGCUGUUAUUUUAUUAGCAGUAGGGGUUUUCUCAGUUUAUUGUAUUGAUUUUUCUAAGUAUUUUUAUGGAUUAAAUUUUCAUACAUUUUUAACCUAAACUUAGACACCAUUUUGCUUUUGCUGCCACUGAUGAAUGCUUGUCUAUGUGGUGUUUAUUGGUGUAAUUCAUUCCAUUACCAUUCGUACAUUAAUUCAGGUGUAUUGGUCUUCUAUUUGUAAAAAUAAAACUACAAUUUCAUAUAAAGUCUUUGAAAGUAAUAAGGA